GUUUUCUAGCUGCAAAAAUUGCCACAUCACCUCAAGACUUAAUAAUCUCACUUGUGGUUCGCCCUAAAUAUGCAAAAACUUUAAGGGAGGAAGGGCUAAUAGUGUUAUCCGGGAAUCAAAAAAUUUCAACUAAAAACUUUGGAGUGUAUGAGUCUACUUCGAAGAUCCUGGAAACUCAAGAUUUAGUUUUCUUGGCUGUCAAGUCUCCCCAACUUUUAGAAAUUGCGGAGACCUUAACUCCUAUUUUAAACGAUACGACUGUGGUUGUCCCCUUGCAAAACGGAUUUCCGUGGUGGUACUUUCUAAACUACAACGGACCUCAGUCCUAUUCUAACAUAAUUAUAAAAAGCGUCGAUCCUAAGGGCCUUUUAAGCACGGCGAUUAGUAAAGAACGCAUUAUCGGCUCUCUAGUCUAUUUUGCCUGCAGUCUCGAGAAAACCGGUGUUGUACGCCACAUAGAGGGGGGUAGAAUGCCGUUGGGCGAGUUGAUGGGAAACAAAAGCGAUCGAGUCCAGCAAGUCUCACAAAUUUUAAAGGCCGCUGGACUAAAAUCUCCCGUGUUAAAAGACAUCCGUUCUGAAAUUUGGUUGAAGUUAACAGGCACAUUGGCGUUCAAUCCCAUCUCUGCAUUGACUCACGCCACUUUAGAGGAGCUCUGCACUUUCCCGCCUACCAAAGAACUGGUGCACUCGAUGAUGAAAGAGGCCGAAUCUAUUGCCAAGGCUUUAGGGGCAACCAUUCGCCUUCCCUUGGAAAAACGAAUAGAAGGAGCCGCACGCAUCAAAGGGCACAAGACCUCGAUGUGUCAAGAUAUCGAAAAGGGAAGAAGGACGGAAAUCGAAUGCGUUUUGGGGGCUGUCCUCGAGCUGGCCGAACUAACCAGCAGCAACGCAACCAAUCUGAAGUGUGUUUACGCCUGCGUUAAGCUCCUGGAGUUCGUCGUUGACAGGCAUCACGUGUCUAUCAAGCCACUGAAUAGAGGAGCAGAUUAG